AUGCUGUUGCCAUGGGAACUGUUAAUCCUUCUGUCACUCCAAGAGUGCCUGGCCGGUGAGACGCCAAGGAAUACGCUCCAUGGUCCUCUCUUAACCCAGGAGCCCAGUGACAGUAUAUUCCCCCUGAGCACUGAUGAUAAGCAGGUGUUUAUUAAUUGCAAAGCAAAGGGAAACCCACCUCCGCAUUAUAGGUGGAAAAUGGAUGGGGGGGAAAUAAACACACAGUCAGAUCCUAACUACAGCCUUGUGGAGGGGAACCUGCUGAUCAAUAACCCCCAUGUCAUCGACCACGGAGGAGUGUAUCAGUGCAUCGCCACCAACACUUUUGGGACCGUCGUCAGCAGGGAGGCCAAAGUCCAGUUUGCUUUUCUGCAGAACUUCGGCAGGAAGUCCAGGAACACGGUGUCGGUGCGAGAGGGUCAAGCCGUGGUUCUGCUCUGCGGCCCUCCACCCCAUUACGGAGAGAUCAAAUAUUCAUGGGUUUUCAACGGACAGCGGAGCUUCCUGCAACAGGACGCCCGCCGUUUUAUCUCUCAGAUGACGGGCAACUUGUACAUCGCCAAAGUUGAAGCCUCGGACGCGGGGAACUACACGUGUGCGGUGAGAAACAUGAUGACCAACGCCACGGUGUUCAGCUCUCCAACCCCCGUGGUGGUGCGGAGAGACGCAGUGAUGGGUGAAUACGAGCCAAAGAUCGAGGUUCAGUUUCCCGACACCCUCCGAGUCUCUAAAGGAUCAUCGGUGAAGCUGGAAUGCUUCGCCCUGGGAAACCCUGUGCCUUCCAUCUCAUGGAGAAGAGCUGAUGGAAACCCACUCCCUGGCAAGAUAAAAAUCAACCACUUCAGCGGGGUUCUGGAAAUUCCAUACUUUCGCCCGGAGGACGCCGGUGUGUACGAGUGUGUGGCCGCGAACAGCAGAGGACGAAAUGUCGCCAGAGGGCAACUCGUAUUCCACAAUGCUGAACAUCUGCACUGGGUCCAGACGCUGAAAGAUGCUCACAUGGCCAUCGACGCUAACCUGCAGUGGGAAUGUAAAGCUAUGGGCAAGCCGAGGCCCACAUACAAAUGGCUGAAGAACGGUCAGCCGCUAACUGCAGAGGGCCGGAUCCACGUGGAAGCGGGCAGACUGACCAUAUCCAGGAUCAGUGUGUUGGACUCUGGGAUGUAUCAGUGCGUGGCAGAGAGUGAACACGGAGCUGUGUAUGCCAGCGCCGAGCUCAAAGUUGUAGCCUCACCGCCGGACUUCACCGGGCGGCCCGUGAAGAAGGCCACCGUGAUCCGGAGGGGGGGCGAGGUGGUCUUAGAGUGCCGCCCCCACGCCUCCCCCAGGGCCACCGUCUCCUGGUGGAGAGGGGGCGAGCUCCUGAACGGCAGCCAGAGACAGACCAUCUUGCAGGACGGGACGCUGCGUAUCACCAACGUCUCCGCAUCGGACGGAGGCAGGUACACGUGUUUGGCCAGAAACCACUUCGGAACAUCCAGCAGCUCCGGGACGCUGCUGGUGAAAGAGCCCACCAAGAUCCUGGUCCCGCCCUUGAGUCUGGACGCCACCGUGGGACAGAGCAUUGUACUGCCAUGCGAGGUGUCCAGUGAUUCGUCCCUGAUUCCCAUCUUCAAGUGGUUCUUCAACGGGAAAGCCAUUGAUUUCAGCAGGCGGGAGCACUUUGAGAUGAUUGGAGGGGGAUUUGCAGGUGACCUGAUGGUGAGGAACAUUCAGCUAAAGCAUUCUGGGAAGUACGUGUGCAUGGUGCACACCGAAGUUGACACCGUCUCAGCAGCAGCAGACUUAAUUGUCAGAGGACCCCCUGGUGCCCCGGAGGGCCUGGCGGUGAGCGACAUCACUGACACCGCUGUGCGACUGUCCUGGGGCUCCGGACCUGACAACCAUAGUCCUGUUACCAUGUACAUGGUCCAGGCCAGGACCCCCAUCUCUAUCGGCUGGCAGACUGUGAGAACAGUUCCUGAUUCUGUGCCUGGACAGAUGAUGCAUGCAACAGUGAAAGAUUUAAACCCCUGGGUGGAUUACGAAUUCAGGGUGGUGGCAAUCAACGGCGUUGGCGUGGGAGAGCCCGGCACGCCAUCAAAACCGGUUCGAACCGCAGCAGCAGUUCCCAAGGUUGCGCCGGUCCACGUGAGCGGCGGCGGAGGAGCUCGAGGAGAACUCGUCAUCACGUGGGAGCCCGUUCCAGAGGAACAGCAGAGCGGAGAGGACUUUGGCUACGUCGUGGCUUUCCGCCCACUUGGCAGCAGCACCUGGAUCCAGACAGUGCUGGCAUCAGCUGACGCGUCGAGAUAUAUUUACAGGAACGACAGCGUCGCACCCCUGUCCCAGUUCGAAGUGAAAGUGGGAGUCUACAACAGCGUGGGAGAGGGGCCGUUCAGCCCCGUCGUCACAUUGUUUUCUGCAGAGGAAGAGCCCACUGAGGCGCCGUCGAGAGUUUGGGCCCGCGCUGUGUCAGCCUCUGAGAUCGAAGUGUACUGGGAACCAAUUCCCAGCGAGUCCGGCAGCGGGAAGAUCAUUGCGUAUGAGGUUCUCUUUUGGGAGGAAGGAUCUGAGCAGAGUGAGGCGGAGAGAGUGAGGGUUAUCGACACCACGGCUCUGCUCUCUGGCUUGAAGGGAAGCACGGUCUAUCUGAUCUCAGUAAGAGCCCAGAACAGCGCUGGACUUGGACCCUGCAGCCCCGCUUUUAACAACACAACCAAGAAGCCACCUCCGAGUCAGCCGCCAGGGAAUAUCGAGUGGAACCUCACCAACUCUAAGAUCUUUCUGAAUUGGGAACACGUCAAGGCGUUGGAAAAUGAGUCCGAGGUGACGGGAUACAAGGUUGUGUAUCGUCAGAACUGGCACAGCAGGACCACCGUACUGGAAACCAAUAAGACCAGCCUGGAGCUGCAAAUCCCUUCUGGAGAGGACUACCUCAUUGAGAUCAAAGCUCUGACCGGAGGGGGCGACGGCACCAGCAGUGGUCCCAUACGAAUACCAAAGAUGUCCAGUAAGUUUGAAAUCCUCUGCAGUUGGAAUUGA